UAACAUUCCUAGGUCACAUGUUUCCAUCAUGGCGGUGAAUGCGGGUGUUUACUUGGCUCCUGGCUGGGAAAAGGCGAAAACUGACCAUAGCGGGAGUACUGUGCUUGGAAUAGUGACACGGAGAACUGUGACACGCCCACCAUUCACUAUAGAGGCGGCAAAAGGGAUGAGAGCCUUGGAAAUAACAUUAUCUUCACUCUACUGAGCUGUGCACGGCGCCUUCCCCACCUCGUGUUGGUUACCCGUGGACGUGCUGACUGUUGAGAUCAAGCGGGCCAAGGUCACCACAACUUCACUGUCAUUGUCAAAGUUCCGCGCUGUGUGAAGUGAGAGGAAGGAGGAGCUGCAAUCUGAAUACGAAAUGAGCACGAGGGGGCUAGGCGGAGUGUUUACAGAGAUCACUUUCCUGCUGAGGGAGAUGAUGAUGAAUGAACAAUGGCGGAGGAAAUGAAUGGCCAAAAGUUGCAGGUUCACUUCACCAGGACUCAAGGAUCGCCACGCCUCUCCCGCCACUCUCCCGCCACUCUCCCUCCUCCUGAACCUCUCCUGCCUACUGGAGGAUGUCUUCACGGCGCGACAUGGGCUCGGUUUUGGCAACAUUGACGAGGCGCCUCCUUCCGGAUCUGCCUUAGGCACCACCACUCACCGCUAACUCCUGCUUGGUAAAGGGAAGAAAAUUAAAACUGCAAGUGAUCGGCAACAAAAUCUAUUCCUCGAGCAUCAAAAGCGACACGACUGAACUCUUUCGGCCGGCUGAAUCCUCACGAGUAUUUCAAUAACGAACCUCACCUUGCCUCACCUCACCUCACCUCACCUGGCGGAGUGUGCACGCGCGGCUCCCCUGGGAAAUCAUAAGGACCCUGUCACCAUCAUUAUGUGGGAGACGUGUCUGGGAGUACGUGGUUUUAAAUGUCUCGCUUUGAAGCAGUCUCCCCUGAUGUGAGGUGAAUAAAUUUUGAUAUUAAAUAGGACAGAUUUCUGAGAGUGGGAUUAAAGAGCGAGAGGAGAGCGAGAGAGCGGUUAUCCAGGGGUGCUUAAGGCCGUGUGUGGGCUGCUCCUCCCCGGCCCUGGUGGCGCGGGGAUGAGGGGACGGGAGAGCCAGCUAGUGUGUCGCCGCCCUCCGCCCCUGCAGCCUCCGGUGACCUCUGGGAAGCGUGGAUUGGUCCUGCUGUGUGGCGGAGGGGUCCUGUUGCACGCCAGGGGACAGCAGCGGUGGUGAGGCGGUGCUGCGUGAACUAGUGCUGAAGGAAGUCAACCACUUGCAACUACUGUCGUAUCGUGGCGGUGGCCUCUUCGCCUCAUCUGCUGCAGCCACAGACGCUUCGGACACUUCAGAGGUUACAGUGCCGGGAAAACACUAAGAGACUUCAUGGUACUUGGAAAUAUUCAUGACUCAAUACAGACCAAGUGACUCUAUAGGGGUUGCAAAUAUUCAUAUAACUCAGUACAGACGCAGGCACUAGAGGACUUGCAUUCCUUUUGGGUGUUGAGUGGCUCAACAUGGCGGGAGUGAAUGACGUGAGCCCCGUGUUGGCGGUGCUGGGGGCGGAGGGUGGUGACGGCGACCCAGCGGAAAUGGCUAACAGCACCGCCUGGAGUGCUCUCAACGCCUCGGUGCUCCUGGGCGACAACGAGACAGAGUUUGAGGUCUUGGGCAACACGAGCGACCCGGCGUUCGACCACGUGCCCUACCGCCAGCGCGUGGAGACCUACCUGGUGCCCUUCCUCUUCGCCAUCAUCUUCAUCGUUGGCGUCAUCGGUAACGGCGCCCUCAUCAUGAUCUUCGUGCGCAACAAGAACCUGCGGAAGGUGCCCAACACUUACCUCAUCUCCCUGGCUCUCGGGGACCUGCUGGUGCUGUUCUUCACGGUGCCCUUCGUGUCCACUAUCUACACCAUCGAGUACUGGCCCUACGGAACCUUCGAGUGCAAGUUUAGUGAGUUUGUGAGGGAUGUGUCCGUCGGCGUGACCGUCUUCACACUCACUGCUCUCUCCGCUGACCGCUACAGGGCCAUCGUCUCCCCCAUCAGGAAGGCUGUGAGCGGUCCGGCCCGAAGCGUCACGCUGCGGGUCACGGCGGCCAUCUGGGUGGUGUCCCUGCUGUUGGCCACGCCCGCCGCCGUCUUCACCCACGUCAAGAACUUCGCCGACCUAGGGGACAUGAACAUGACAGUGUGCUACCCGUUCCCGGACACGUACGGGUGGUACACCAAGGCCAACGUACUCACCAAAGCGCUCGUGUACUACGUGCUGCCGCUCAUCGUCAUCGCCGCCUUCUACCUGCUGAUGGCGCGGCAUCUGCUGAAGCCCGAGGUGGUAGGCGACGCACAGGUGUUCCAUCGCCAGAUCCAAACGCGGCGCAAGGUAGCCAAGGUGGUGCUCUGCUUCAUCGUCAUCUUCGCCGUCUGCUUCCUGCCCACGCAUGUCUUCAUGCUGUGGUUCUAUUUUGACCUGGGCGGCCGGUACAACGACUUCUGGCACGUCAUGCGCAUCCUGGGCUUCUGUCUGAGUUUCAUCAACUCGUGCAUCAACCCCAUCGCUCUCUACUGCAUCUCCGGCACCUUCAGGAAGCAGUACAACCGCUACCUCUUCUGCUGCUGCUGCUGGGUGCGUAGGGACCGCGACGACAUGCACUCCCUCCGCUCAGGCGCCUCGCAUUACCGCUCCUCCACCCUGCGGCCCCUGGAGACCAUCACGCUCACCACGCUGCUGCAAGACCGUUCCUGCCCCAACGCCUUCUGACGCAAGAGAAUCGCUUAUCGUCCCCGCUGCCUGCAGGACGUGUACCACCUCUCGCCACAGGAGGAGACGCUGAGGGAGGAGGACAACCUGGUGAAGAGCAACGGCAUCUCCGUGUACGAGUCCGUCCAUCUGUAGUGCGGCGCAGGGGGCGGGAGAGGCAGAGAGGCGGCCGGGGCUUGUGUACUUGUAGUUUUGUGUCAGUCUGGAUGAGCUGGUGUGUUGUGCCAGAGAACCUUGCUGACAUUUGUGUAUGAGAGAGAGAGAGAGAGAGAGAGAGAGAGAGAGAGAGAGAGAGAGAGAGAGAGAGAGAGAGAGAGAGAGAG